AUGUUAAAACCGCAACCAGUAGGUGAUGAGAAGUAUGCAGUGUUUAAUGUUUUGAGACCAGAAUCUGAAAUACCUUUUGUAAAUACAGAUGAUAUUGGUAAAUUUGUGGGAGUAAUCCUUAGUGAUCCCGAAAAGUUUCACGGGGAGGUUCUAUAUGCGGCAAAUGGUAUGUAUUCUUUUGAUACCAUAGUUAAGACAAUUACAAAAGUAUUUGGGAAACCAGUAAGUUACAAACAAAUUCCGGAGAAUACAUUCAAAGAACAAAUACCAGCACCUAUAGCUGAGGAGAUAACUGAAAUGUUCCAAUUUUUUGAUAAGUAUAAUCUCUAUGGUCCCGAAACAAAGGAAAAGGCCGAAUGGGGGAUGCAGCAAGUUCCUGAAAAGCUCAGCACGUUGGAAGAAUUCUUUCAGAGGAAUCCUCUAGGAUUAUAG